AUGGCCUUUGAUGAGCUCCUGGAUCAAGCUGGAACUCUGGGAAGAUUCCAGAUCCUUCAGAUUGCUUUCUUUUCUGUUGCUAACAUGAUAGCAUUCCCUCAUGUUCUGCUGGAGAACUUCAUUGCAGCCACCCCUGAGCAUCGCUGCUGGGUCCCCCUGCUUGACAAUCGCACUGUCUCCCACAAUGACACUGGGAUCCUCAGCCAGGAUGAUCUCCUGAGAGUCUCCAUCCCCCUGGACUCAAACCUGAAGCCAGAGAAGUGUCAUCGCUUCAUCCAUCCCCAGUGGCAGCUCCUUCACCUGAAUGCGACCCUCUCCAACAUUAGUGAGUCAGACACAGAGCCCUGUGUGGAUGGCUGGGUAUAUGACCAAAGCUCCUUCCUCUCCACCAUUGUGACAGAGUGGGACCUGGUGUGUGAUUAUCAAUCCCAAAAAUCGGUGGUCCAAACCCUCUUUAUGAGUGGGUCGCUGCUGGGAAGCCUGAUACUUGGCCGUCUUUCAGACAGAUAUGGGCGGAAGCUGAUAUACACAUGGUGUCUCCUCUUGACGGCCAUCGUGGAAACCGGCACAGCCUUUGCUCCAAAUUUCAUCAUCUUCUGCAUCCUACGUUUCUUGGCUGGGACUUCUGUUAUGACUAUUUUGUUAAACAGUACAAACCUUACAUCAGAAUGGACAGUGCCCAGAUCUCAACAUAUUGGAGUAACGCUGAUGUUAUGUGCCUGUAACCUUGGGCAGAUGCUCUUGGGAGGAAUAGCUUUUGCCAUUCGAGACUGGUACACAUUACAGCUGGUUGUGUCUUUACCUUUGUUUGUCUGCUCCUUGCUGUCCAGGUGGUUGGUAGAGUCUGCUCGGUGGCUGAUUACCAUCAACCAGCAAGAGGAAGGCUUGAAGGCACUUAGAAGGGUGGCAUACAUAAAUGGCAAGAAGAGUGCUGGAGAGAUCCUGACCACUGAGGUGAUCUGGGAAGGGGAGAUGGUUAUUGGACUCAUCACUAAAACCUCCCUUGUUCUCUCUCUUUCUAUUGUUGAAGUCUUUGAGAUCCACCGCUCUGGAGAAGCCGGACAAAUCCAGGACAACACCAUUAAUAUUUCAGAUGCUGCGUGCAACGAAACUGCGCAUGAGAAUCCUCUACCUGGGCCUUGUGAGGUGAAGUGCAUGGGAAUGGGAGCCACUGUACCUAUUAUGGGCUCGUUCCUCAACCUCCAGGAAGUGGGGGACAGUAUCUUCUUGCUACAGGUUAUCUUUGGAGCUGUCCCACUCAUUGCCAGAUUGUCUGUCAUUUUUAUAAUGAAGCGCUUGGAUCGUCGCCCCAGUCAGUCCCUGCUUUUCUUCCUGGUAGGACUUUGCAUGCUAAUCGGCACAUUCUUGCCCAAAGAAAUGCAGACUCCAUGUGUGGCUUUAGCCACCCUGGGAAUUGCUGCUGGUACUUCUGCUGCAACUUUUCUCCCCAUCUAUUCCAGUGAACUCAUCCCUACCAUUUGCAGGUCAACAUUUGGAGGAAUCAAUCAUCUGUUCUCAGGAAUUGGGGCAGUCCUGGCUCCCCUUAUGAUGACCCUGGUCGUAUAUUCACCUCACCUGCCCUGGAUCAUGUAUGGAGUCUUCCCCAUCCUUGCUGGACUAAUUGUCUUCUGCCUUCCAGAAACCAGGAAUCAGCCAUUUCCUGAAACCAUUCAGGAUGUAGAAAAUUCGUGA